GAGAGGGAGGCCGGGCGAAACCAUUCAAACAGCAAAUACUCCGACUGAAAAAUAUCUAAGAUUAAUGAGAAAGGGAAGACAUCUAGAUUCGGAUUUCAAAGAGGAUUACGGGCGUGUGUCUGAAUUAGAUGGCGAGAUUACGAAUCAGGGUAAUUUAGAGUUGGAUUAGCUUGAUAAUCACACGGUGAGCGGCCCUGAACCCCCCCACCCCACACACACAUAUACACACACACAUCCUGGCGAAUAAACAGCCAAACACGCAAUUAGGAUGCGGAGGUGAUUUUUGUGACACUGCGAUGGAUAACUGCGAAGAUACCGAAAUGAAAACCAAACUGAGGAUCCGGUGUGAUUUCAGGUUGUUUUAGUAGUGUUAUAUUGCUGCUUUUUCGAAUCGUUGGACAUGAUUUUUCCGAGGAGGCUCGUGCAGUUGUCGGUGCUGCUGAUCCAGAGCGGAUGGUUGGGGGUCGCGCCGAGCCCCACCGAUGAGGGAGCGCUCCGAGCCGGCCACGGAGAGCACGGGGAGCCGGGACACCAGGAGCCUCACAAGGACUCCUACAGCACCUUCGCCUCCGAAUUCCUGGAGUCCAGAUAUCUUUCCGAUGACGGUUAUCCGUUCCCCACCGCCCCGCCAGUGGAUCCCUUUGCCAAGAUCAAAGUCAGUGACUGUGGAGUAACCAAAGGCUGCAUAAGGUAUGGGAAGCCAGGGUGUGAUGCAGAGACGUGUGAUUACUUUCUGAGUUAUCGUCGCAUUGGUACAGAUGUGGAGUAUGAGAUGAGUGCGGACACAGACGGCUGGGUGGCCGUAGGUUUCUCAUCUGACAAGAAAAUGGGAGGAGAUGACGUUAUGGGCUGCGUCCAUGACGAUAACGGUCGUGUGCGGAUUCAUCACUUCUACAACGUCGGCCAGUGGGCCAAGGAGAUCAAGAGGAACCCGGCCAGAGACGAAGAGGGCAUUUUUGAGAACAAUCGGGUGACGUGCCGUUUCAAACGGCCGCUAUACGUCCCCAGAGAGGAAACACUUGUAGACUUACACCUGUCAUGGUAUUACCUGUUUGCAUGGGGUCCUGCUAUUCAAGGUUCCAUCACGAGGCAUGACAUCGACAGUCCUCCAGUCAGCGACCACAUGAUCAGCAUCUAUAAGUAUGAGGACAUCUUCAUGCCUUCCACAGCUUACCAGACCUUCAACUCUCCCCUCUGCUUACUGCUCAUAGUAGCUCUCACCUUCUACCUGCUAAUGGGAACGCCAUAAUGAAGCACAGCAGAGCAGAGAAAAAGAGGGAAGAGAAGAUCAGCAAUAAAAAAAGUUGCCAUUUUUGUUAGAUGCCAUAUUCAAGUGUCCACUUUGCACAGAGAAACACAGUAUCAGACAUAUUAAACAUGAUAGAGAAUAUAUAUUCAUUACUCUGAACUCAUACAGAGGAUCUUGACAAAUUAUUAAACUAUAUUGUAGAGGUGUCAUGUACUGGUGUCAGUACGAAACAAGAGGUCUGAUAAAAGAGUAGUGUUAUAGUAUAAAUAGGCCAAUUAUUUUCAAUAUUUAUGAUAGCUUCCAAGUAUUUAAAAAAUAUGAGGUGUAUACAUGCCAAUAAAUACAUCUCACAAGUCUUCAAAAAUACUGCAUGCACUGGAAAAUCUUGGAAUGAUUUCAAAAAACCCACUGUUCACUGGUGAUGAGAAGACAGUGCCUCAUGUUGAACUUGGCUAAAACACAAAGGUUUUCUGAACCAAACAGCUCACAGCUGUUUGCACAGACUCUUCCUGUCCCGUUACUCAUACUUCAAAACAAAAAAGGACCGUUUAUUUGGUGGUUUGCACCAUCAAAAUAUAGUUUCCAAGGUUUUAGGAACUGUGUAACAUGCAUUUACAAUGUAAAAGAUUUUUUGUUAACUUUUUUUGUUUGACUCAUCUUAUUCAUAAUUUCCUUUAAGAGCUUUUUUCACGCCUUUCCUUCCUCCACAGUGGCUGUUGGGUUUGUUUUAUCACUACUGUGGCACUGUGAUUGUGUUGAACAAACAGAGAGGGAGACUACUUACUGCCUAAGCAAGCAACAGCACAGUGAUCAGGAACAAGCUGUGGAUUGAAGAAUAUUUUGCUUGGGCCUUGGACAUUUCCCCCCCCCAGGUUGUUAUUGUAGCCUUUUGAUCUGUAUUAAAAAUGACUGAAUAUGUUUAAAUGCCUCCCACUUAAACAAUCUGCCAUGAUUUUGUUUAUUAUCAAUAAACAUGGUAAGAAAAUAGUAUAUAUAAGAAAAUA